AUGGCAGAACAGCCUCUUUCCGAAUUCCUCUAUUCCGGUGCACUGGUUCAACUUCGUUCAUCCGAUUCCAAUCAACCCUUCUACGUUCAUAAAGCUCUCUUGGAGUCGAAAUGCAAGGUCAUAUACUCAGCUCUGUCGAGAGGCUUCUUGGAGUCUCAAGAGGGGGUAUAUACCUGCACGGACACCACUCAUGCUACACUGGCGCGGGCCGUUGAAUGGAUGUACUCUGGAAAUUAUCCAUUGCUUAGCAAACAAGAACUCGGGGCAGAUGCACGGCAGGAUUCUAUGGACACCAGACAAGAAGAGAAAGCCAACAACUUGAGCGAGCUUGCCGAGGAGAUGAAGAACCACCCAGUCAUGACUCACCUGCAGCUUUACAUAUUUGGGGAGGUAUACUUGAUCCCAGAUCUAAAACAAGCCGCACAUGAGGAACUCACGCGUUGGUGUUCAUGUAUAGUGCAAGGACUCAGCCCUCCGCAGGCUUUGAUUGCUCUGUUACAUAUGGCCUUCAGUAAUAUCAAGCCGGAUGAUCGGCUUCUCCACUGGUUCGCACAUUUUUCAUCAUGGAGACUGGAUGUACUACGUCAGCAGCCCCUCUUCAACGAUCUUCUACUUGAACAUCCCGUCUUAGGUUCUCUUAUGAUGGCUUCCGUGCGUCCAGCAAGUGAUUAUCCCUACUACUAA